GAAGUUUAAAAUUUCUUCCAGCUGCGAGAAGUGUACAGCCUCGCCAUCUCUUGCGACAUUUCUGAAUCACCCCAGUUCAGAGAGUGCUUCCAGCUACUUGGAUUCCAGUCACGGGAAGAGUUACUGGACAAACUGAAGAAAGUUCUCAGCAUCCUUCAAAACGUCUCAAGCGACUUGCCAGUGAAAGUCUCGCACCUGAAGGACAUACAUCAGGAACUGUCCAGAUAUUACACCGAGAUAGUCAGUGUGGGGAUAAAAGCUGCCGAACAGACAUUGAAAAGUCCAAGUAAAGUUGACAUUGGGAAGAAUAUCAACAGGUAUCAACUGAAAGAGAAACUGCUGGAGUUGUCACGUAAGCCGAAGUCGCUGUCAGGCUACGAAGAGGCAAGGAAGAAGCUGCUGGAUUACUUGGCUGGAACGGUGUUUCCGCAGUUCCUUGUUCCACCAACAAAUACACCAUUCAAUGAAGUCCUCUUCUUCAGUAACUUGGCAGGCGUCAAGAGACAUAUCGUGGGCACGCCAAGAGCUGCUAUACAUAUGGCUCUUAAUAAUCCUCACUAUUAUCUGGAGUGUGAGUGUUGCGAGCUGGACGGAUCGUCCUCCAUCAUUCCUUCGCUGCCUGACAUUUGCAUUGUGUACAAGCUUCAUCUGGAGUGUGGACGUCUCAUCAACAUGUACGACUGGUUGCAAUCUUUUCUUGCCAUCGUGAAUCAUACUGAGUCCGGGGAUGAGCAGAGAGAUGUGCCCCCAGAGAUACAAGCCCGAUUCACACGAGCAGUAGCGGAGUUGCAGUUCCUUGGUUUCAUCAAAACCUCCAAAAAGAAGACUGACCACGUGACAAGACUGACCUGGGGAAGCUCAUGACGCGUCCUCGGCAUCGUGCCAGAUGCAUGUGCGCGUGUUCGUUUCGCG